AUGUUUCAUUAUGUUCAUGUCGACACCGGGUCGCCAGAGAAUGACAUUAUGUUCCGGUUGGACCUGCGCCGAAAGAUCUUGCCUGCCCCAUGGAUGUCCUCGUCUUCUGGGGCCACGAGACCUACGCAGACAGAUAUAUCUGUGCGACAAAUGCACCCAGUCUGGAAAAACUGCGACAUGGCAAGACAAGUGCCAAUCAUUGGGGACACCGUUGGUGGUGAUCUCUCCAGGAGGAGGAGAAGGAUGGAUAAGGGCCUAGCCGGUUGA